UCAAUUUAGUGACGGCAACCCAAGAGAGAAGUGAAUAUUUAGAGAGAGAGUGUGUAAGUUUGUGGUAGAGAUCAGAGAGAGAGAGAGAGAGAGAAAGAGAGAGAAAUGGGAGACCAUAGUAGUCCACUUGGGACAUUUAGUAAGGUAAUGAACAAGAUGAAACCUUACUUGGCCAUGGUCUCCCUGCAAUUUGGGUAUUCAGGGAUGUACAUCAUAAGCAUGGUCUCUUUUAAACAUGGUAUGAGUCAUUAUGUUCUUUCUGUCUACCGCCAUGUUGUUGCUCUGGUCCUCAUCGCUCCCUUUGCCCUUGUUCUUGAAAGGAAAAUAAGGCCAAAGAUGACACUCCCUGUCUUCUUGAGAUUGUUGGCGCUUGGUUUUCUUGAGCCAGUGCUUGAUCAGAACUUAUAUAAUAUGGGAAUGAAGGCUACGUCAGCAACAUUUGGUGCCGCCAUGGUCAAUGUUCUUCCUGCCAUUACCUUCGUAAUGGCUCUAAUUUUCAGGUUAGAGAAGGUGAACGUGAGGAAGUUUCAGAGCCUAGCAAAGGUGAUAGGAACGGGAAUCACAGUAACAGGGGCAAUGGUGAUGACACUUUACAAAGGUCCAAUCCUUGAAUUUCUGCGUGUAAACGGACAUCACCACAAUUCCCACGACGAAUCCACCAUUUCCACCCCCUCCGAACAGCACUGGGUCACCGGCACCAUUAUGCUCAUUGCCAGUUGCGGUGGCUGGGCUGGUUUCUUCAUUUUGCAAUCAUUCACUUUGAAGAUGUACCCAGCAGAGCUCUCUCUCACAGCUUGGAUAUGCUUACUUGGUAUAUUGGAAGGUGGAGUUGUCACACUCGCUAUGGAGAGGAAAAUGAGCGUCUGGGUUAUUGGCUGGGAUUCCAGGCUCCUCGCUGCUGUUUACUCUGGAGUGGUUUGUUCUGGAAUGGCAUAUUACGUACAAGGUAUGGUGAAUAGGGAACGAGGCCCCGUUUUUGUCACUUCCUUCAGCCCUCUCUGCAUGAUCAUCACCGCCGCUCUCGGUGCUAUCGUCUUGGCGGAGCAAGUCCACCUUGGAAGUGUGGUUGGAGCAAUUCUCAUAGUAAUGGGUCUCUACACAGUCGUGUGGGGAAAAAGCAAAGAUCCAGUUGGUUCAACAUCACCAUUGUUGGUAGAUGAGAAAAGUGGGGCCCAUGAUCAAUUGCCAAUCACUGCUGCUAAAGUCACUGCUACCACCACCAAUGGAACUACAGAGAUGUCCAAAAUUCCUACGUCUCAAAUUCCAUGAAAAAAGAUAUCCCUCUAACUAUCUAAAAUUCCCACUUGAGGGGUGUUGCUGAUUUACUUUUUCCUUUCAAAACCAAGAAAAAAAAAAUGAGGCUGGGAAUUAAAGAUUAUGUAUAUACAUAUAUACAUGAUCAUCUCCUAGCUUAAAAGGAUUUAUCUCUCUCCAAAUCCUGAUCGACUGUUUGAAAGUUACCUUUUUUGAUGUUCCUUUUAGAGUUAAUUCGGAUAAAUUAAAAUAUAUUUUGCCA